AUGGCGCGAUCUGGUAUACUGAUAUCCUUCUUCCUCAGCGCUCUCUUGCUGGGCACCGUAAUCAUCUGGGGCUACUGGAUGGCAUCUCUGCCCUCUGUACUUCUCACUCCAGCUGAUCACUACGUCAUACACAUGCUCAAAAAAAUAUCGCUCCACUUCAGAGACCCUAAAGUCUUGUCCAAUAUUUCAGAUGAUCAAAUCAGACGUGCCCGCACUGUUACUGGAUACGUAAAAGUUCUGGGUGACCAGCAACUUAUUACCGGUUUGGCAAUUAUCAUUGCUGCUCUGGCUCUCCGUCACGAGAUCACGCUCUACGAAUUCAGGAUAGUGACGAGCCUCGCCUACUUCGCUGCAUUCACGCACUUGUGCUCCCUCUACAUUCUUCGAUAA